AUGCAGCCUGAAGAAGACGCCGAGUCUUCCAGACGUCUUCCCAAAGACCCAGGUGGUCCAACCAUAUUUUCGGUGGCACCAGGCACUCACAUGGACAGCAACAUUUUUGAAGAUCCAGAGAAGUUCGAUCCGUCGAGAUUCGAGGGCUCGUCGAAAGUGUUCCCUCCGUACACUUACGUGCCGUUUGGAGCAGGGCCUCGAGUUUGUGCCGGAAUCGAAUUCGCUAGAGUUGAGUCAUUGCUGAUUAUUCAUCAUCUUGUGACGAAGUAUAGCUGGACCGAGAUGAUCCCUGAUGAGCCUAUCAUCCGAUCACCUAUGCCAUACCCUGCCAUGGGGCUUCCUGUCAAGCUUUAUCCGAAAAUCUGA